AUGUCCCAUCUUAUCCAAGAUGGGUUCCAGUCCAGUGAUGCCGGCUGGAAACUUGGCGUCUACGUCACGGAUCUACAACUAUCUCGUGAGAUCGAAGUUCGAGGAGAUCGUGCUGUAGGCCAGGUUAUGUCACAACUGGUGGGCGAAGUAAAUGACACUCGAGAUUGGUCUGAUCACGCUCUCUGGUGGCCUGUGCUCCGACGAUGGCUGAAACACACCAGAAGCACGUUGGAUCAGGUUGGCGUGACUUCUCAGCAUUAUUUGGAGUUCACUCCUAUGCACAAGGAAGUUCGGUAAGUGGUGGAAAUGGCAAAAUGAAUUUCUCAAAACCUUUUAAAGUCUUGUCGUUAUUUGAUAUAUAUUUAUAUGUAUUUUUACCUUAAAAAACGACAAAACUUUUUAAGAAUAAUUUUUACUUUUUACUUAAAAAAAUGUUAUAAAACUUCAUUUUCAGCGUUGAAAUACCAGAUGGCCAAGUAAUCCCAGCCCAUCUUGACUUCUCCGUCCCAGUCCUUCAAGUAGUGACCAAACUGGCUUCAGAACUCGGAAUCCGUCAUCCAGUUGAGCUCUCACUCAAGCGUGACAUCCCGGCCGAUGUCCUCAAGAAAGGAGCCAACAUUGAAUCUGACAAACCUGUCUCAAUUUCGGCCGCAAAGCCUGGAGAAGAAUCGAUUGGUCCUGGAACGAUGCGCACGUUAAAGCCAAUCCGAGCCGGUACCAUCAAUAAUACAAUGAGACAACAAUCUCCAUCGAUUGCUGGUACUAUUGGUCCUGGACACGCUUUUAACGCCUCGGAAAUUGGUACCAUGCCCAGAGCCGGAACUUUGCCUCGAGGUAUGAGUCCAGGUCCCGCUGCUUACCGUGAAGCUGUUGGCCGAACUCCAGAACCCGGAUUUACUGAACCAUUGGAUAAUGAAGAGUUCGAUCCUCGUUUCGUACAUUCACCACAAAACCGACCGACUAAAGACAGCUUCCGACCACAAAACUUGGUCGAAAAAGCAGCCCUAAACCGCGGAUGGCUCGAUUCAUCUCGCUCGUUGAUGGAACAAGGUAUUCAGGAAGGAGAUUUGGUUGUUUUACGCUUCAAAUUCCUCACCUUUUACGAUCUGAACACCAAGUACGAUCUAGUACGAAUCAACCAGAUUUAUGAACAAGCAAAACAUUCAGUUCUACUUGAGGAAACUGAGACGACAGAAGAAGAAGCCAAUCUUUUCGCGGCCCUUCAGCUUCAAGCCACGCUACAACGUGAAUCUCCAGAACGAGAGACGCCAGAGAGAGAUGCGGUCGAUAUUAUGUUAGAUGAGCUGGAAAGAUCACUGGAUGCAAAUGCUACACUCCAAAGACGUGACUUGACUCAAGUUCCAGAGAUUGCUGACUAUCUACGGUAUUGCAAGCCUAAGAGAAUGUUUAAAACCUUCAAACGUGCUUACUUUGUGUUCAGAGAUCUGUACCUUUACAUGUAUAACAAUGCUCAGGAGACUAAUGCUCGUCCUCAAGCUGAUUACUGUUUGAAGGGCUGUGAAGUCGGUCAGGAGGUCAAUGUUUCCAAGUCGAUAUACCACAUUAAGAUUCAAGUCCCCACGGCUGAAGGCAUGACUGAUCUCGUGCUUAAAUGCGAUAAUGUAAGUGAUAAGGGAUAUAUUGUGAAUUUUUUUUUGAAAGUUGGUAUAGAUAGACCGAAGAUUAAUAAUAAAGGCAUUUUUAAAACCUUUUUCUAUUUGAAGUUCAAAAAUUUAAAAUAAUAGUCCUAAUCCGAAAUUUACCCAACCUUUCCAGGAGCACCACUUCUCCAAAUGGAUGGCAGCCUGUCGCCUAGCCUCGCGCGGAAAAACCAUGGCCGACGCGACAUAUUCGACUGAAGUCGAGAACAUUCGCAAAGUCCUUCAAAUGCAAGCGACGCCAAAAGAACAGAACGGCCAGGCACGUCAAAAACGUGCUCCAUCAGUUCAACUUCCAAACGACUUCAACGUCGAAGACUACGUAGCACAGCGUUAUGUUAAGAAGUCGCGAUCGAAACAAGGUCUUCAACAAAAGAUUGCUGAUGCCCAUAACAAUGUUAAAUCGUUGUCAUCAACAGAAGCGAAGUUACAGUACAUUCGGACAUGGGAAGCUCUACCUGAACAUGGUCUACAUUACUUUAUUGUGCGGUUCCAAGGUGCCAAAAAGAAUGAUUUGAUCGCCAUUACUUAUAAUAGAUUAAUGAGGGUUAACCCCGAUAACGGCGAGAUCUUGAAGACCUGGCCUUUCAAUCAAAUGCAGAAAUGGCAUGUGAACUGGGAGAUCAGACAUAUUAAGGUAGGAGAAGGACGAAUUAAAAAAAUGAAAUUUUAUAACAGAAAGUCGCAAUAAUUUUCUUUACAAAACAAAAAAUGACAAGAACUUUCUUUACAAAGCAAAAUAUGGCAAGAACUUUCUUUACAAAGUAAAAUAUAGCAAGAACUUUCUUUACAAAACAAAAAAUCAACCUUUCUCGGUGAACUUUACUUUACCUAAACUAUCAAAAUUAAUCGAAAAUCCCUUCAGAUUCAACUGGACAACGAAGAAAUCGAGUUCAAACCCCUGUCAGCCGACUGCAAGGUUGUCCACGAAUUCAUUGGCGGCUACAUCUUCGUAUCGCUCCGCUCCAAAGAACAAAGCCAAAAGUUGGACGAGGAGAAGUUCCACAAACUCACUGGUGGAUGGGCCUAA